AUGGCGGGUGGCUUCUUGAAGAAGGACCAACUUGAUGCCGGCGGGGCGUGGUCGGUGUGGCCGCGCAGGGGCGGCAAGACUUUCAAGGGGUUCCUCGGCUACGGCUACAGCCGGGCCUUCGCGGAGGGCGGCAGGGUCGCGCAGGACAUCGACCCCGCGGACUGGGACCUCGUGCCCUUCCCGGUAGCGCGCACCGGCCCGUCCGGCGGCGGCGACAGCUUCUACACGGACGGCGACCGCGCCCACCGCGGCGACUACAGCAACCUGGUCGGCAAGACUUUCCGCUUCACCAUCAGCGGGCUCGGCGGCCUCGACUGCGGCUGCAACGCGAACUUCUACGCCGUGCGGGUGGGCGCCGGCUGCGACGGCUCCGGAAACAACGGCGGCCUCUGCGAGGAUGAAUCGACUUCUUCGAGGGCAACAAGUUUGCCUGGCACUCCACGCUGCACACCCUCGCCGACAGCGGGGAGACGGACGCGAACGGCCUGUGCACCGGCUACGGCGGUACGCUCCCCACGAAGCCGAACUUCCCCUCCUUCGACGGGGAGGAGUACGGGCCCGCGGGCACCAUGA